UUAAGCGAUACCUUCAUUUUAGUGUACUAAUUUGUAAGGGAAAAAGGAUUCCUUCUGUCUUCCUCCAAAUUCCGUCUUUGCCUGGCCAUUUCGUUCUACCUUUCUUUGAUAUUUUUUCUGUUCUCCCCUGGGUACUACUGAAGAAAAGGGUGCUUUUUCUGCGGACUUAUUUUGCGGACUUUUCCUUUCCUUCUUUUUUUUUUUUUAAAAGAUAAUGUUUUAGCUUGUAGCAAACUAACUGUCAAAGGAUUAAUUUUUAUUCGCACAAAUAUUUUUGAUUAUUUGUUAUUUGUGAAAUUAAAUGAAAAAAACAGUCAUCUCCUCCAAAUUUCUGUUUCCAUACAAACUCAUUCAUAUAACUUUCAAACGUUGUUUCAGCAGUGUUUUUCUGCAUACUGAUUUCUUACAUAUCCAUCUUCCAUUUUGUCCACGCUUCUCUUUACGCAUUUCUUUUCCACAAUCACAUGUUCUUUUUCUAUGA